AUGGACCAGGAGUAUGAUGCAAUCGUGCUGGGGACGGGGCUGAAGGAGUGCAUCAUUUCCGGCAUCCUGUCCGUCGAGGGACACAAGGUUUUGCACAUUGACCGCAACAGCUACUACGGGGGCGCUUCGGCCUCGCUGAAUCUGAAUCAGCUGUUCGAGAGGUUCCUGGGCAAGGAUGCCAAGCCGCCAGAGAGCCUCGGCGCGUCCAGAGACUACAACAUCGACAUGGCGCCCAAGUUCAUCAUGGCGAACGGCAACCUCGUGCGCACGCUGGUCCACACGGACGUCACCAAGUACCUCGACUUCAAAGCAGUCGACGGGUCCUUCGUCUACGUGUUCCAGCAGGCCGGCUUCUUCUCCUCGGGCGGCGGGAAGAUCCACAAGGUCCCCGCGACCGACAUGGAGGCCCUCAAGUCCCCCCUGAUGGGCCUCCUCGAAAAGCGCCGCGCAAAGAACUUCUUCGUCUUCGUCCAGAACUACGACGCGGACGACCCGCGCACGCACAACGGCCUCGACCUCACGCGCAUGUCCAUGGCCGAGCUCUUCGCGCACUUCGCCCUCGACCAGGCCACGGUCGAUUUCGUCGGCCACUCCAUUGCGCUGUGGCAGGACGAACGCUACCUGCGCCAGCCGGCGAUCCAGACCGUGCCGCGCAUCAAGCUGUACCACGACAGCCUCCUGCGGUUCGAGGGCCUCAAGUCGCCGUACAUCUACCCGCUGUACGGCCUCGGGGAGCUUCCGCAGGGCUUCGCGCGGCUGUCGGCGGUGUUCGGCGGCACGUACAUGCUGGACCGGCCGGACGCGGAGGUGGUGUUCGAGGCGGGCAAGGCGGUGGGCGUCAAGGUGGAGGGGGAGGUGGCGAGGUGCAAGUUCGUGGUGGGCGACCCGACGUACUUUCCUGACAAGGUGCAGACGGUGUCGCGGGUGGUGCGGUGCAUGUGCAUCAUGUCGCACCCGGUGCCCAACACGGACGACGCGCACAGCUGCCAGGUCAUCAUCCCGCAGCGGCAGGUCAACCGCCAGUCGGACAUCUACAUCUUCGCCUGCAGCUACGCGCACCACGUGGCCCCGCAAGGCAAGUGGCUGGCGUUCGUCUCGACGACCGUGGAGACGUCAAACCCCGAGCAGGAGCUCGCGCCCGGUCUGGCGCUGCUGGGGCCCGUGGACUGCAAGUUCGUGGAGGUGACCGAGGUGAAGGAGCCGACGAACGUGGCGCAGGACGACGGGUGCUACAUCAGCAAGGGGUACGACGCGACGUCGCACUUCGAGAGCACGAUCAACGACGUGCUCGACAUGUACAAGCGCAUCACCGGGAAGGAGCUGGACCUGCACGCCGACAAACCGAUGGUGCAGCAGUCGGAGAUGUAG